AUCCGUGUCGAAUGAAUGAAUGCCUCAUUCGCGUCCGAUCUUCCGGGCGCUCUCCGCCAUGGCGGGGGCCAGAGCGCCCGGGCUGGAUUCGGGGAGGGGGCAGCGGGGGUGGCAGCCCCCCACACUAGGGCCGUGAUGAGCCGAGGGGACGCCCCUUUGGCGGGCAGGGGUCCCACGGGCGGAGGCCGCGGUUGCGGCCGGGCGGGUGCGGGGCGGGAGGUGGCGCCGGGCGCUGAGUGGCGGCUCCGGGUCCACCCCUGGCGCGCGGGUGCGGGCGGGAGGAGGGAGGCGGGAGGCGGGAGGCGGGGAGCGCAGGGGCGGCGGCGGGCGGGAGGCAGCAGCGAGCAUGUGCCGCGGAGCCCAGUAACCAGGGACGACCGCGGCCACACCGCGCCGGCGCCGGCGCCCAGCCCAGGCAGCCCCGCGCCGCGGCGCCCGGACCGCCCGGGCCUGCCCAGCGGCCGCCCCACGCCCCGGGCGCCCCGGCGCCGACAGCCGCGCAGCGCAGCGCGGGCGCCGCAGACAAAGGCGCGGCCCCGGCCCAGCCGCUCCCGCUGGGAGCCCCGACCGGGUCCGGCCCGGGGGGCGGGGGCCGCGGCCGCCGAGGAUGGGAAAUCCAACAGCAAGUUGAAGCCCGAAGUUGUGGAGGAGCUGACCAGGAAGACCUACUUUACUGAGAAGGAGGUCCAGCAGUGGUACAAAGGCUUCAUCAAGGAUUGCCCCAGUGGGCAGCUGGAUGCAGCAGGCUUCCAGAAGAUCUACAAGCAAUUCUUCCCAUUCGGAGACCCCACCAAGUUUGCCACAUUUGUUUUUAACGUCUUUGAUGAAAACAAGGACGGGCGGAUCGAGUUCUCUGAGUUCAUCCAGGCACUGUCGGUGACCUCGAGGGGGACCCUGGAUGAGAAGCUGCGGUGGGCCUUCAAACUCUAUGACUUAGACAACGACGGCUACAUAACCAGGAAUGAGAUGCUAGACAUUGUGGACGCCAUUUACCAGAUGGUGGGGAACACCGUGGAGCUCCCAGAGGAGGAGAACACUCCAGAAAAGAGAGUGGACCGGAUCUUUGCCAUGAUGGACAAGAAUGCUGAUGGGAAGCUGACCCUGCAGGAGUUCCAGGAAGGGUCCAAGGCGGACCCGUCCAUCGUGCAGGCGCUGUCCCUCUACGACGGGCUGGUAUAGUCCCGGGCCGGGCCGGAGCAGGAUGCCUGGGAACCACUCACCUCCUCCUCUGCCAUGAGGCCGCCUCAGCCCCAACACCACCCCCGUGUGUCCACCCAGCCUUCUUCCGCACCCACACACAGCCGGCUGCCCUUGACCCGGGAGGCCCCGGCUCUCCUCUCCCCUGCCCUGCACCCACCCGCCGCCUGAAGCCACCGGCUCCAAUUGCCAACAACCUCUGCUUGUCUGGAAAACGGCAACGCGAAAUGAAAAGGCUACAGCCCUCUGCAAAACCAAGGACUCGGCUGCCUCGCCGGCUGCGUCUCCGUUCCUCCCGCUCUCUUGCGCGUGUGCUUUUGUUUUUUGUUUCAAACAGACGUUUUAAAAGAAAAAAAAAAAGCAACUACCUUCUAUCCUAGAAGACACAGACUGACAGAUGGGGAGAAGGCCUGGGGACCUCAGAGAACUCUGCCUCGCCCCUGUCCCUCACCCCCCUGCAGCCAGAGAGGCUGUGGGCGGGCCGGGGGUAUCUGGGGGUUCUGCCUGGUCCACGUUCUUUGUUGUCCCAUCUUUUAGCAGCAAAACCACCUGCGUGGCUAGGAUGAUUCAUUAUGAGGAUGAGGGUUUUUUGUGACAACAGUAUUGUGCUUUUUGUGGGGAAAGUGAGUUUUUUUUUUAUAUAUACAUAUAUAAUUGAUAUCUUUUAUUUAUUGGUUGUUAACUGUUGCUGCUGCCUCGUGUGUCCUCAGAUCCCAGGGCUGGGGGCCACCGUUUACAUGUGCACACCCUGACCCACCUGCCCACGCUGACUUGGGAGGAUGGUGGCCUGCAGCGGCCAAGAAGCCAAAAAAAAAAUUUUUUUUUUUUUCAGAUACUGUGCUUGAGUUUUUGGAGAGGGGAAAGGUGGAAAUUCCUAAAUGGCCAAUGCACUGUUCCCUCCAGCCCCAUGCCUCCUGCCGAACCCCUUUUCCCUGCUGCCCCCGUCCCCCACAUCCUUGUUCUCCUGUGAGUCCGGAGCACUUUUUUGUGAGUUGAACAGGGGACCUGUUCAGUUUCUCAGCCCUUGCUUUGGUGUUUGCCGCAGCAUGGAAAGCAGCGCCUAAGGCUGGGAGGCAGAAGAGCAGGCUCGGGACCCAGGCAGAGGCGGGAGACGCGGUCUUUGAAGGAAGUUAGCAGAAAUAAAGGGGAGCGCUGCCUCCUUGGGCUGGGAGGGGAUUUGAAGAUAGUUCAUGACUCUCUGACACUCUGCCUUCCCGCCUUCCGAUCUGCUGUUCCCAGUGAACUGCAUGGCAUCCUUCCCUGGCCUUCUGUUGGCUCAAAGGCUGGGAGGGAGGGAAGGAGAAGAGUUCCAGGCAGUCCCAUUGAGGUAGUCCCUACCCCUGGGGCUGUGGCCCCCACGUCUUCACAGAGGCUUCCAGCUCUGCCUGCCAGCGAGGCAGGGGCGUCCCCAGAGUGUGAGGCCACCCUGGACCAGAGGUAUUAGCCCGAGGUCUGGCCUUCGCUCUGUGAUUGUGUUAAGCCUCCUGAGUGCUCUGGGUCUCAGGGGCCCCAUCCGCAGAGCGAGGAGGCCUGGGCCGCUUGGUCUUGAAGGCCCUUUUCCAUGCUGACAUUGUAUAGUUCUAGGCUUGCGGUUCAGUUUCCUGUACUUGGUUAUUCUGUGGCCUGUGGCUGAGUUUGCCUGACUCCAGCAGGCUCAGGACUGUCAGUCCCAGCACAGCCCCCAUGGCGACUCUUGGCCCCAUCUUCAGACAGAGCCACUGCUGCUUGCUGGUGUGUGGGGUCUGUUCCAGCAGAUGAAUGUGUCAUGUGGCACACUUUGUCCCUUCCUGCAUUUCCUGGUCCCCUGCAGACCCUCGAGCUCCCUUUGGGGCCCAGAGCGAUUCCUCGGCCAGGGAAGGCUUCUGAGGUGAGAAGCCGCCUCGCAGACUGUCGGGGCCAGGCUUGGGUCUGGAAUUCUUGCUGCUGCUUUGCAAAGGCAACAGCCUAUCAUCCAUGUUUUAGAGGGGACACUCUGACCCUCAGUCCCCACCCUCAGCAAGCAGCUCUCCAGACACAGGAAGAUCUCCGCUGGAGCGCCUUUGCCAUGUGGGGCUGUGUGGCUGUUCCCGGUGGCCGGAGCAGUCAGCAAACCCCAGCAAUCACCCCUGAGAGCUGCAUGCCAGCCCCAUUAUAACCCAUCCCACCCCCUCACCAACAUCCUGCAGGGAUGCGGUCAGUGGUUCUACCAUCACAGGUGGCUUUGAAGGGCGGACUCUCUGAGGCCCCUCCCAGGCAGCUUCCUGCUCAGCCGCUGGCCCGGGCUAGCUGGGACUCAGCUCCAAUGGCUGAAGUUUCUCAGCCGGGCUCUGACCUGGGGUCGGGGCAGGGGAUGAACAUGGUGGCUAGAGUCGAGAGGAUGAGGGUCUUUCCCAGGUCGAAUUACUUUUCUUUGGCCUUUUCUGAGCCUCCAUUUGCCCCUCUGGUCCAGUGGGACUGACACUGCUGUACAGCCGGGCCUGUGGCUGAGGGUGCCUGGGGGUCAGCACGUGGACCCCUUCGGUGUGCCCAGCCUUCCUCCACAAUCCUGCCCUUUGGCCUUUUGUUUUGGAGCCACGGGUGUGGGUCUGGCCUUAGCAGAUGGCAUCCUUGUGGACUGCAGCCCAGUGUACUGGUGGGCCCACGCCCAAGCCAGCCCUGAGCUGCUGGGAGGGCUACCCUUCUUCCCGGCCCUGAUGGGGUGCCGGACACUGGCCAUUUUCACUGGAGGUUUCUCCGCAGGGAAGGAUCUCUGCCCUCCCUCUUCCCACGCCUCUGGCUGCAGCAAGGCCGCAGCACCCUAAGCCAGGUGCCUGCCGAGCAGCCCGUGCGCCUCUCCACAGUGGCGUUUCCAUCCCUCUGCAGAGCCUCACUCUGAGGGGGCCAGAGCAGGCACCAGCCCCAGGCGGCCGGUCGGCCACGGCCUGGCUUCGUCCUCGUAGCGUCUGCGCCUCACUUUGUGUUGACGGUGGCUUGGGAGAAUGUUCCGAUUUUCCAUUAUCUAAGCAGGCCGCAUUUAAAAUAACAUCAAGGCAAGCGUGCGCAUCACCCUUUGUACUGACAUCUCUCCCCCUGAAAUGCUUUUCAGUUUGACAGCCCAUUUCCUAGAUAAGUGCACCUGGGGUUUCAGGAACUUUGUCUCUUUUGGGAGGGGGUUGGGGGAAUGGUCGCGAUGCCUGGGAUCCUUUCCUGGAGAGUCAGCCUCUCUCUGGAGAAAGCCUCCAUUGCUUGCCUGCCAGGUGGAAAGUCACCCUGUUGCCAGCGUGGCUUCAGCAUUUAGUUUUAAGGGGGCUAAGGAAGUGCGGGGCGCCCCCUGGUGCUAGUAAGCCACCAACGCACCUGGGCUGCAACCCCACUGGACGGGAGGUCUGGAGGGAGGCUGGAGCUGGGAAGCGAGGAGGGGGCUGUGAGUCCUCAGAGGCCCCAGGCCCCCACAUUUCUGGCAGUGUUUCCGAGACACCCCUCUGCUAGGCCAUCCCUGGAUAGCAAGUGAAUUAACUUAAGGGCACUGUGAUGGGAAGCCUUGCCCCCCCCUUUUUUUUUUAAUAUCUGCAGAAUAAACCCAAUGGUUAAUUUUUGAAUGAAUAAAAGGCUUUUGUUGAAUAA